AUGGUGUCAACCAAGAACCAAGACCUCGGUAUCCAGGAGGGUAGCAACACGGUCGCACAGGUGUUUCAACACCCAAUAAUCAACAGUGUGACACAACGUGCUGUCCUACCCGAUUUCUACAUCCGGUUGACUGACAUGGACUCGGUGUACGCUCUCACCGAUGGCCAGCACCGGUUCAUCAUUGCCAAGGCACUGCUCGUGGCUAUUCGAUAUUAUAUGUUGAAGAUAUAUAUCGACCUAGACUGCACCGACCAUGCAAACGAGACAACCUACAACGCAUGUAUACAGUUAUAUACCGACAUACGGUCAAACCUUGUCGAUUCCCUGGGAAAGUCGAGCUACACCAGGAACUUUCCCGACGUCAAUAAGUUCAUGACCAGUAUCAUUAUGUUUGGACAAGCCGCUUACCCCACAGCCCUGUCGUCCAGUGUCGCGGGGCGAACUGAUGAGCUUCGUGAGCAGUUUGCGGCCCACUCUACAUGGUUGGAAACAUAUUGCAUGUCGGAGGACCAGAUUGCGCUGGCCAAAAAGUGCCACUACGCUAGGUCAACAGCCAUCAUGUUCCGCGCCGCACUCAAUCUUGUCAUCUUUAUGGACCAAUUCGACGCCGAUCGCAUGGAGAGACUCAC